AUGACUUCGUCCUGCUCCAAAGCCCUAGGCAACUUUACGAUCGAGAGGAACCGACUGUACCCCGAAAAUCUCGACUUUGAUUCCCACCAUUGCAAACUUUACCUUGGCGCUAAUUUUGAUGGAUAUGUCCUGGUAUAUGACUCGUGGAACGGAACCCAGAAGAUUAUUGAAAUCCCCGGUGUCACGGGAGUUUAUCCAUAUCACAUUUCCGGCAUUGACUUCGACAAUCGUACAGGUAUGAUGUAUUUUGCCGCAAAUUCAGGUCUGCCUUUUGAGACUUCGGGGGCCAACCUCACGGGUCCCAACCAGCUCGUUCAGUACGACACCAACACUGAGACCUUGGGAUAUAUUAUCAACAUGGAGAGCUUCCAGCAGGAGGUCCUUCAGUCCCACAGUCUCUUUGUUACUGGGUUCCAAGACAUGGAUGAGGACGAGGAGGGCAACGUCUACUUUCUGGCUACGUACGGUGGCGCGGUUGCCAAAGUGUCCCCCUUGGGAACAGUCACGCCAUUCUACGUCGCUCAAAACACCAACGAAAGCACAUCAUGGUCCAAUGGAAUCUCCAUCACAGGAGAUAAGGCUUUGCUCUUCGACGAAACGCAGGCGGCACUGAUCUCCCUGGACCUCGCGAGAACUUCGCCAGCAGCUGUCAAUGUCCCUGUUAGUGGACUGCCAACUGACGAGACCAUCGACUGUGACGGCCUUUACAUGCCCCCGAAGUACGAUGGGAGGGUUCUUCUCUGCUCCAGCGAUGGCCUGGGAAAGAUCAUCGUGUUCAGAACCGAGGAUGGUUGGGAAACGGCAUCUUUCGCCGGAGGUAUCGUCAACACAAUUACGGAUGGGUGGGCUACCGCAAGUGUUCAGAUCAGCAACUCGAUUUACAUGAACGAAGAAUACUUUUUUGACACCGGUGUCUGGGACCAGGCUGGCAAUCGCACAUUAUUCCCGAUCGUCGACAUUACGUCGCACUUGGAGUCGAUCCUGAGCUGA